CGCGGGGAGGGCGCCGGGUAUAUGGCAGGUGCGGAGCCCUGUCACUCGCCUUUCGCCCUGGGACCGGCCAUGGCGUUGCGUGGCAUCAGUGUCGUGGAGCUGGCGGGCCUGGCCCCGGGCCCAUUCUGCGGGAUGGUCCUGGCGGACUUCGGCGCUCAGGUGGUGCGCGUGGACCGGCCAGGCUCCGUGGGCGACGUGAGUCGCCUGGCCCGGGGCAAGCGCUCGCUGGUGCUGGACCUGAAGCGGCCCGCGGGAGCCACGGUGUUGCGGCGCCUGUGCGCACGCGCGGACGUGCUGCUGGAGCCCUUCCGCUGCGGUGUCAUGGAGAAACUCCAGCUUGGGCCAGAGAUUCUGCUGAAGGACAACCCAAAGCUCAUCUAUGCCAGGCUGAGUGGAUUUGGCCAUUCGGGAAGUUUCUCCAAAGUAGCUGGCCAUGACAUCAAUUACUUGGCUUUGUCAGGUGUUCUGUCAAAGAUUGGCCGCGGUGGUGAGAACCCAUACCCGCCGCUGAAUCUCCUGGCUGACUUCGGUGGCGGCGGCCUCAUGUGCACACUGGGCAUUCUGCUGGCCCUCUUUGAACGCACACGCUCUGGCCUAGGGCAGGUCAUUGAUGCCAACAUGGUGGAAGGAACGGCAUACUUAAGUUCUUUCCUGUGGAAAACUCAGCACAUGGGGCUGUGGGAUCAGCCUCGAGGACAAAACAUGCUAGAUGGUGGGGCUCCUUUCUACACAACCUACAAAACUGCGGAUGGAGAGUUCAUGGCUGUUGGUGCAAUUGAACCCCAGUUCUAUAAGCUGCUGCUCAAAGGACUUGGUCUCAAGUCUGAUGAACUCCCUGCCCAGAUGAGCGUAGCUGAUUGGUUGGAAAUGAAGAAGAAAUUUGCAGAUGUGUUUGCAAAGAAGACCAAGGCAGAGUGGUGCCAGAUCUUUGACGGAACAGAUGCGUGUGUGACCCCAGUGCUGACGUUUGAGGAGGCCCUCCACCACAGUCACAACAAGGAACGGGCCUCAUUUAUCACUGACGAGGAGCAGCAUGUAAGCCCCCGACCUGCACCUCAACUGUCCAGGACCCCAGCUGUCCCUUCUACCAAAAGGGACUCCUCCGAGGGAGAGCACACUGAGGAGGUGCUUAGAGAAUUUGGGUUCAGCCAGGAAGAGAUCAGUCAGCUGCACUCAGAGAGAAUCAUUGAAAGUAAGAAGCCGAAAGCCAACCUCUGACUCAGGCGCACAGCUCGAGUGAAUCUGAACACUGCAUUUACACAGGAGAAUGAUGCCCAUGACUGUAUGUAUGGAAAUGUGGAUGUACAGUAAUGAAGCGCUCCAAGUUUUCCAAUCAAGACACAACUAAAGACUUGAUUACAGAGUAAUGAUUGCAUUCUGAAGCUGCUUAUCAGAGCCUCUGAUUGAGGAAUAUUUUUGUGUGUGUACUGAUAUUAACUUGUGGCAAUUUUCUGCCUUUCAGUUCACUUGAUAAAGUAUUCAUUUAUAUUAAAUCCCUUUUAUAAAUACAGCUAUGAUAUAUUUGAAAUGAACUAAUAUAAUUUUAAUAAGUAAAGAUUAUUUUUCUCCUGGAA